AACUAGCCUUCCCAGUAGACUCCGCGGCGAGUCGGAUUCCUGCGCAUGUUUGUUUUUCGUUUUCGCUCCCUGCCUCCCCUGCAGUUACUAUCCCCGAGUCCGCUAGGCUGGAUUGGCGCGCGCUAAGCCAUAAUGGGGCAGCUGGGCUGGAGGGACCCUCGGGAUGCAGCUAAAUGAUCAAUAGAAGGUAACAUAUUUUUUCUUGCUGUGCAAGAACUGGUAUAUGGGUGUGGUGCCAGUCUUCAGUCAUGGCUCAUCUGAGGGAAUUUGCCAAUCAGCACUCUCGGGUUGAUCCAGAGGAACUGUUCACUAAGCUGGAGAGGAUUGGUAAAGGAUCAUUUGGGGAAGUGUACAAAGGAAUUGACAACCGUACCAAGGAGGUAGUAGCUAUCAAAAUAAUUGACUUGGAAGAGGCAGAGGAUGAAAUUGAAGACAUACAGCAGGAGAUAACGGUUCUCAGUCAGUGUGAUAGUCCCUAUAUCACCCGAUACUAUGGCUCCUACUUGAAGGGCACCAAAUUGUGGAUAAUCAUGGAGUAUUUGGGAGGUGGUUCAGCUCUGGAUCUACUCAAGCCUGGUCCCCUGGAAGAGACCUACAUUGCCACAAUUCUGCGAGAAAUUCUGAAAGGUCUGGACUACCUUCACUCUGAGAGGAAAAUCCACAGAGACAUCAAAGCUGCCAAUGUGUUACUUUCGGAGCAAGGGGAUGUGAAACUAGCUGACUUUGGUGUGGCUGGCCAACUGACAGACACUCAAAUCAAGAGAAACACCUUUGUUGGGACUCCUUUUUGGAUGGCACCCGAAGUCAUCAAACAGUCAGCUUAUGACUUCAAGGCAGAUAUUUGGUCCCUUGGCAUCACUGCUAUUGAACUGGCAAAAGGAGAGCCUCCAAAUUCUGACCUGCAUCCAAUGAGGGUUCUCUUCCUGAUUCCCAAGAACAACCCACCAACAUUAGAAGGGCACCACAGUAAGCCCUUUAAGGAAUUUGUGGAAGCCUGCCUUAACAAGGACCCGAGAUUUAGGCCCACUGCAAAGGAAUUGCUAAAGCACAAAUUUAUUACACGUUACACAAAGAAAACAUCGUUUCUCAUGGAACUCAUUGACCGGUACAAACGGUGGAAAUCAGAAGGGCAUGGUGAGGACUCCAGCUCAGAUGACUCUGACAUAGAUGGCGAUGCAGAUGAGAGGGAUCAAGGGCCCAUCUGGACUUUCCCUCCAACUAUUCGGCCCAGUUCAGUGAACAAAUUGCAUAAAGGAAUAUCUCAUCCUGGGUCUCAAAAGGCUUGUGAACCCAUCAAGAGGCAGCCCCGGUCCCAGUGUCUCUCUACUCUCGUCCGUCCUGUCUUCAGAGAGCUCAAAGACAAGCACAAGCAGACUGGAGGGAAUGUAGGCGCCAUGGAAGAACUUGAAAAUGCUUUUAGCUUAGCUGAAGAGUCUUGCCCUGGAAUCUCAGAUAAACUAAUUGCCUAUAUGGUAGAACGAGUGCAAAGGUUCUCCCACAGUAGGAACCACCUGUCUUCAGCACGCUGAUGAGUUGCUCUUUAUUGCUCAUGAAAAGGGUGACUCCCCCACCCCACCCGCUCCACAAGAACUGCAUCUUGAAUUAUUACCUGCUAUUGGAUGUUAACAUUGUGCUAUGAAUUCCCAGUCAUUUCAGAGCCUUUAUGUGUGUAUGUGUCAUGCGCCCAUGAUGGGAUUUGUAAAGCAAAUGAUCAUGGACUACUUUGCAGUACUGGGAGGGUAAUUUCUACAAUGCAUUUCAUGGAGGUUUUUAAACAAUAACCAAUUUUGCUCAGGUCAGACCUUGUUUCAAAGCAAAAUCCUGACUGCUGGAAAAUCAAAACUCUUAGACAAACACAUUCCAAGAAGGAAGGAGAUGCUGGUGGGUUUCUCCUCUGGCCAGAGGCAAAGUUUACUUAAGCACAUAGAUGAUCUCUUGCCAGUCAGCUAGAUAGCAAUAGACGGCUGUUACUCAAGAGAAUCUUCUUUAGACUUUCUCAGUUUAAUUAUACAGGUGAUAUUUUCCUCCUCAGUCUGCUUGCCCCUUUUGUCAGGCAGGUUUGUCUGCUGCUGUAAUCUGCCCUUGGCCACGUUUCAGUGACAAUAGCUCGAAGCAGAAAUGCUUGUAGUGUGGCAAGGCCUUUUGCUGCUAUACAGUAUUCAUUACUGUCAACUCUCAUCUGAUUCAGUAAUUUUGGCAAGCAAAGUAUUAUGGACUUAUUAAAGAGGAGAGACAUUAACUACUCCCACAAGUUAGAGAAACAACAGAGUCCUUUCAAAGUUUCUACACGUUUAGAGCUUUGUUUGUGAAAUGUGGCUAAAAUUUUCUGUUAAAUUGAAAUAAAGUGUGGUGCCAACCAGUGAAGAAUAUUCUAAGUGACGUUCCUGAAACGUGUUCUUUGUUCUGUCUCUUUAACUGUUUACUCUAUGUUGGACCUGAAUAGUUUUAGGAGGUAUCCUAUCAUUUUCUAAGCAAUCUGAAACUCUUAAGUAGGAAGUUAGCAGAUCUAUAGCAGUAUUGAAAAUAGAAGUGGGAGGUCUUCAAGUAUCAUUUUCUAAUUCUGUAACAUCUGAUAGUGCCAUGGAUGACUUGAGAAAGACGUUACUGCCUAAUAAUUACAUUUGUGGGUGGAAGUGGAUCUUCCAGUUCUGUUUAUCCUUCCUGAAAAAUGCUCUGUUGAUAAUAUUCAGAUAUUAUGCUGGAACAUAAUGCUCUUAAGAAAUAUCUGGGACAGUUGUAUUUCAGCCAGACUCAUGAAUUUGAAUCCAAUUUCUUUACCAUUAUUUCUCCAAAUUAUUUACACAAAAUAUAAAAAUACAGCAAUGGAGAACAGGAAGCUGCUACUUUGUGCUAUUCAUAAAAGGUACUUUAUGCUAGUCCACACGGUAUUGCCAGAAUGCUCCCAAAAGUGACUCCAAUACUCAAAAGUAACAAUUUAUUGCUAUUCAAAUAAGCAGCAAGAGGGAUCUGCCACUUCCAAUAAAAUUAACUUGUAAAACAA